AUGACUGAAGCAACAAUAGACGACACACUUGUUUCAAAUAAAACAUUAUCUACAACUUCUAAUCCGACAUUAAUGCGUGCAGUAUCGAUGCCUGCGACACCAACAUCACCAUUGGCUAAAAAUCCAUGGUAUCAAAAAAAGUUCGAAUUAUAUCGCGAUGUAAUUGAAGAAAAAUUACGUGAUUUAUAUCCUGAGUUGCCACAGAUGUACAAAUUACAACCUGUAAAUAUUGAAUGUUCAACUCUGAAUGGACAUGAUCUUGACUUUUCAAUUGAGUUACAUGAUGGACGAAGUACAGUUGUUUCUAUUUCUUAUGGCUCACAACCUCCAUACACAAAGGAAGAACGUCGUAAACUGGUCACUAUUCGUCAAAAUACAGGAGCAAAUUAG